AUGCCUGAUGAUAAUCUUGUAAAAGCCCUGGACAAGUCCAUGAGCAGUGCAUGCGGGUGCAAGGUAGUCUUAGAAUACCAUCAGUUAAGUUUUCAUCAAUUUCUUAUCUAUGAUAAUUUGGGAACUGUCUUGAACCUUCCUUUUUGUAAUGCUCUCUUUUCCACAAAAUUGGACAAUGAUUAUUGCGAUGGAAAUAAAUCAGAUUUUCCAGUUCCUCUUGCCACCAAAAUUAUUACUCUCAAAGAAACAACCGUCUUAAGUGCACUUACUCAUCUCUAUCAUGAGGCAUCAAGUAAGGAACAGGGCAAAGAUGUGGUGAUCCCGCAAGCUCCGUGUCAAAGCACAGUGUCGUUACAGACUUUACCUCAAGGGGGCUCUUCACAAGAACAAGUGGGUGGCAUGCUCAACAAGAAGCUGGAGUCCUCUGUGCAGACACCUGAUCAAAUUCUUGCACAAAAUUCAGAAGUAUUAUUGGGUAAGUCAGGAGGAUGCCUGCCAGCCACCAACUUCUCCAAUCAGUUUCAAGUUGAUAAUGUUAUAAGGUCUCAGAACACUUCUGUUGGGUUGGCAAGAAGUAAAUAUCUCUCGAAGGCUUAUCCUUUUGCAGGCAACUCAGGAAAAUUGCUGGGAAACAUGCAGCAACCUAAUGGUAGUGUACCUGUUGUAUAGAAGUCCUGGUAGGAUAUUUUUUGCUUGGCAAAGGUGUAAGUAGCCCAAUAUAUGAGAUUAGGAUCCAUUUUUGAAAUCAAGAAAGCAAAUCAUUACAAAUGUUUAUGCUUAUUUUCUACGUUAUACUCGACAUCUUUCAUCUGUUUAUAUUCAAGGGAAAUAAAGAAAAGUAUCUUUUAAUCA